AUGUCUUUUAACAGAAGAAAGGCGAAAGUCAUAAUUAGUAGGGAAGAUGAAGACGAUUUUGAGGAAUUGGGGAAGGUGUCAGACGUGACGGCGAGGGAUACCAUGAAGGGUCCCUUGCGAGAGCAUGAUAUGAUCUCCAUCGAGCAAGAAUUGGACUCUUUCGAUAUCGUGAUAAAAAAGCCCAUUAUCCCAAAAAACAAUGGUUUAAAAAGGAGAAUUCAAGAAGAAAGGUUAGCUCAAAUGACUGAAGGGUUGAGUAUCGAAGCUGCAGCGAAUGCAUUGGAAAGGACCGACGGGAAUGAAGAUUUCAAUAAUACCAACAUUGUGGAUCCUUCUGUUGUGAAGGAGUUGAUCAGCCGUAAGCAGCGGACGAGGGACCUGAAUGCUGCGAUCAAUACAGAGGAGUUGAGCUCUGAAGAAGAAAUAAUACGAAUUAAGGACGCUGUUCAGGACGAACUCGAAAGCGAUGGGCUCUACGAUGUUGAUAUGGACGAUGCUUUUGCAGAUGAGAGGCUUGUUAUUGGUGAAAAUGAAGAAUCAAUUCAACAGCGACAUUUCCGCGAGCAAAUCGAAACUGCCAUUGAAGAAGCCCAGGCGAGUGACGAAGAGCACUCGGAUGCAGGAGAAUGGGAGAAGAAUCAGCUUGGUUUGGCAAGUUCUACAAAUCACCAAAAGUCCAAGGUGAAAUUCAGGAGGAUCCCGAAACUAGACGAACAAUUGACAAAGAUGAGAACCAAACUGGAAGAAGCGAAGGAACUACACGCUACCAAUGUCAAGAUACUGGAGAGAUACACACUUAAGGGACAUACUCUCAAUGAGGAGGAACAAAAGAUUGCGAAAAGAAUGCAUGACACGAUCGUCAUGAUCAAAGAGUAG